CCUUUAUCUUGAACCAAAAAUUGCUGGUUCUGAAACAAGCACCAAAAGUAACGGUCAAUGGCUGCUCUGGCUUCCUCAUCCUCGUCUCUGCUCUUCUCCUCUCCUCCUUCCAAGCUUCCUUCACCUUCUCUCUAUCCUCUUCCUCGCUUGUCUCUUUCCACUUCCUCUUUUCUCUCUUCUUCUCUUUCCAUUUCUCCUUCCUUCUUUGCCUACCCCACGAGCUCUAGGAGAUACUCUGCCCCUUCCUUCACUGUCAAGGCCAGUGCUGGAGAGAAGAAAAAGGUCCUGAUAGUUAAUACAAACAGUGGUGGGCAUGCGGUGAUUGGUUUCUACUUUGCAAAAGAGCUAUUGGGUUCUGGCCAUGAGGUCACCAUCUUGACUGUGGGAGAUGAGGGCUCAGAUAAAAUGAAGAAGCCCCCAUUCAACAGAUUCUCUGAAAUUGUGAGUGCUGGAGGGAAAACGGUGUGGGGAGACCCAGCAGAUGUUGGGAAGGUUGUUGCAGGAGCAACAUUUGAUGUGGUGUUGGAUAACAAUGGCAAGGACUUGGACACCGUGAGGCCCGUGGUAGAUUGGGCCAGGAGCUCUGGGGUGAAUCAAUUCUUGUACAUCAGCAGCGCUGGAAUCUAUAAGCCUACUGACGAGCCUCCUCAUGUUGAAGGGGAUGUUGUUAAAGCUGAUGCUGGUCAUGUUGGAGUCGAGAAAUACAUUGCCGAAAUUUUCAGUAGUUGGGCUAUAUUCCGGCCACAAUACAUGAUUGGAUCCGGAAACAACAAAGACUGUGAGGAGUGGUUCUUUGAUCGAAUCGUUCGGAAGAGACCAGUGCCAAUCCCUGGCUCAGGGAUGCAACUUACAAACAUCGCCCAUGUUAGGGACUUGUCCUCUAUGCUUACUCUGGCUGUUGAGAACCCAGAAGCUGCAUCUUCUAAUAUCUUCAACUGUGUCAGCGACCGUGCUGUGACUCUGGAUGGAAUGGCCAGAUUAUGUGCUGAAGCUGCUGGCUUACCAGUUGAAAUUGUUCAUUAUGACCCAAAAGCUGUUGGAAUUGAUGCAAAGAAAGCUUUUCCUUUCCGUAAUAUGCACUUUUAUUCAGAGCCAAGAGCAGCAAAGGACAUAUUGGGGUGGAAUGGCACCACAAACCUUCCAGAAGACUUGAAGGAGCGAUUCGAGGAGUAUGUAAAGAUAGGGCGAGACAAGAAACCUAUGCAGUUUGAGCUCGAUGAUAAGAUACUAGAGUCCCUUAAAUUUGCAGUUGCUGUUUGAUCAACCAAAAUCAAGCGUCAUUUUUAACUGAAACCAGUCCGUUGGACAAGACUGUAUGAGAUGCAAUUUUCAUGUUUCUUUCCCCUGCAUGCCA